UUACAAUCUCUGAUGGCCGAGUAGAGAUCAAUAAUGUUCUACUGUAUGCGCUCGGUAAGGACCUUGGUUCUCCUCGGCGGCUUAGGCUGCGAAACUACAAAGAUAUACUCAACAAGCUAAAGAAAAUGGAAUUAUCAGAUGCUCAUAAUGUGAGAGGUAUUUUGUUAGACAUGGCAAAGUUAACAAAGAGCAUCCACUUGGAUAGUUCAACCUUCAUUAAUAUGCACAAUCUUCGAUACCUCAAGAUAUACGAUUCUUGUUGUCCUCGGAAAUGUAAAGCUGACUGCAACUUAUUCUUCCCGGAAGGGAUUAAGUUUUCAUUGGAAGAGGUGCAAUAUCUCCACUGGGUUAAAUUCCCAUUGCAGGAACUUCCACCAGACUUCAGACCAAAGAAUCUUGUUGACCUGAGGCUACCUUACGGGAAGAUUGAACGUGUUUGGGAAGGUGUUAAGGAUACACCAAAGUUGAAAUGGGUAGAUCUAAGCCACUCCAGUAAUUUGCUUGACUUGUCAGCAUUGGCAAGAGCUGAAAGUCUUCAAAGAUUAAAUCUGGAAGGGUGCACGGCUUUGGAUAAGCUGCCGGUAGACUUCCAAAAUAUGAAGUCUCUCGUUUUCCUGAACUUGAGAGGAUGCACACGUCUUUCAUAUCUUCCUGAGAUGAAUUUAAUUUCUCUUAAAGCUCUCAUCCUUAGUGACUGCUCAAGCCUCGAGAAAUUUCAGCUUAUAUCUGAAAGUCUGGAAGUUCUACAUCUAGAUGGCACUGCAAUCAGAGGACUUCCUUUAGCCGUUAAGAAGCUUCAGAGACUUGUCUUAUUGAAUUUGAGAAUUGCAGAAUGUUGGAGUGUCUUCCCAAAUGUCUUAGAGAGCUGAAAGCUCUUGAAGAGCUAAUACUUUCUGGUUGUUCAAGACUUGAGAAUCUUUCAGAUGUAAGGGAAAACAUGAAAUAUCUGCGUAGUUUACUUAUCGACUGGAUAGGAGCAAAAGAGAUGCCAAACUUAUCGUGUGUCACUUUAUUAGAAGGCCAAGCUUCUGCAGAUAUGGUUUCACAACCUUUUGGCCCAGGGGAAUUGCCACGUGGUAUUAAUAGAGUAUGCUCUCUACGACGUCUAUGUUUAAGUGGGAAUGAUUUUGUCAGCCUGCAAACGGACAUUGGGAAACUAUACAAUCUAAAUUGGCUAGACGUGAAGCAUUGCAAGUUGCUGACCUCUAUUCCUAUGCUUCCACCAAGACUUCAGUACUUUGAUGCUCAUGGCUGUGAUUCACUGGAAAGAGUUGCAAAUCCUCUGGCUCUUCCAGUGCUGUCGGGGCAGAUCCAUGCCACAUUCAAUUUUUCCAACUGCAACAACUUGAGUGAAGAAGCUAAGGAUAGUAUCAUAUCUUAUACUCACUGGAAAAGCCAGUUGGUGUUAGAUGCUCUCUCUCAGUACAACGGGGGUUAUGUUAUGGAAGAUUUCACUGGUACUUGCUUCCCUGGAUGGGAUGUACCAGCAUGGUUCAGUCACCAAGCCUCUGGAUCGGUGAUAAAUUUAAAGGUACCUCCACACUGGUGUAACAGCCAGUUUACUGGAAUAGCUGUCUGCGCUGUUAUCCUAUUUCCUGGCUACUACAAGAAGUAAAACUAUAUUUUAGUGAAAUGUAAUUGUGUGUUCAGUUACGAAGAUGGGUCUCAUAUCCAAUUUAGUUUCACUACUGGCAGUUGGAGGGAAGCAAGCAUCACAACAGAGAAGAUUGAAUCAUCUCAUGUCUUUAUUGGCUAUACCAAUACAUUGGAUAUUGAGAAGUAUGGUGAGGAAAAUGAAGAAGGAUGUAAUCAUACUGAGGCUUCAUUUGAAUUUGAAGUGACAGAUGGUACAGAAGUGUUAGAAGGCUGCAAGGUGCUCAAGUGUGGCUUUAGUUUGGUCUAUGCAACCAAUGAAAGGGAGAAUAUAAGUUGGGAUGCAAAGACUGUUGUAAUUCCAGAGAGGAUUGAUAACAUCCCAGGUGAAUCAACAUCUUAUGGAAACUCCAGAAUUCAUGACGAUAUCCAAUAUGAAUCUUACGCUGGUCUAUAUCUAGAAAGGGACGAGAGUUUCAUCUGUGAAGCAAAAUAUGAUGCUACCACAAAUUUACGAAAGAGUUUUGAAAAUAAGAUAGUUGACCUUUUAAAUGAAGAAAGUGACGCAGUUUUUGCAAGCUCUUACAGUGGUAGAGAGUUACUAGGAAGCGUCCUCUGUGGGGAAAAAGAGGCGGAUUUGGAACAAAAAUUGCAAAGUGCGAGACAAAGUUUCAAUAUGAAGAUGAGAGAUGUCUGGAAAUUAUCUAUAGACCAACUUAAUCAACGACAAAAAGAUGUGUUUUUCGACAUAGUUUAUUUUUUCAAAUCAGAAGACGUGUAUUUUGUUAGAAGUAUACUGGAUUCAGGAAUUCCUGACACUGUGAGUGAAGUAAGAGAUCUUACCGAAAAGUUCCUUAUUACAGUUUCUGGUGGGCGAGUAGAGAUGCAUGAUCUGGUGUAUACAUUGGCCAAGGAACCUGGUUCUCACGGGCAGUAUAGGCUUUGCAACUACAAAGAUAUCAUCAACAAGGUGACAAAAAUGAAACAAAAGGAGGCUAAUAAUGUGAGAGGUAUUUUCUUAGACAUUUCUGAGAUAAAGGAGAAUAUUGCCUUGGAAUGUAUGACCUUUACUGAUAUGCGCAAUCUUCUAUACCUCAAGAUAUACGAUUCUUGUUGUCCUCGGAGAUGUGAAGCUGAUAGAAACUUAUUCUUUCCGGAAGGGCUUAAAUUCCCCUUGAAAGAGGUUCGAUAUCUCCAUUGGAUGAAAUUCCCGUUGCAAGAACUUCCACCAGACUUCAUACCGGAAAAUCUUAUUGACUUGAGGCUGCCUUACAGCAAGAUUGAACGUGUUUGGGAAGGUGUUAAGGUUACACCACGGUUGAAAUGGGUAGAUCUCCACCAUUCGAGUAAGUUGUUUGACUUGUCAGCAUUGUCAAAGGCAGAAAAUCUUCAAAGAUUAAAUCUCGAAGGUUGUACGAAUUUGGAUGCGUUGCCAGUGGAGAUUGAAAAUAUGAAGUCGCUUGUAUUCCUUAACUUGAGAGGAUGCAUACGUCUUUCCUCUCUUCCGGAGAUGAAUUUAAUCUCUCUAAAAACUCUCAUCCUCAGUGACUGCUCAAACCUAAAGGAAUUUCAGGUGAUUUCGGAAAGUGUAAAAUUUCUACAUUUGGAUGGCACAUCAAUCAAAGGACUUCCUUUAGCUAUACAGAACCUCCGGAGAUUUGUCGUAUUGAAUUUGAAGAACUGCAAAAUGUUAGAGUACCUUCCCAACUGUCUGGACAAGCUGAAAAUUCUUGACGAGCUAACACUCUCUGGGUGUUCAAGGCUUAAGAAUCUUCCAGAUGCCAUGCAUAGCUUACACCAUCUCCAGAUUUUACUCCUUGAUGGGACAGGAGCAAACGAGAUGCCAAAAAUUUCAUGCUUCACUGGGUCCGAAGGUUCAUCUUCCGCAGAUAUGUUCUUUCAACAUAUUGGAUCACAUAGCAGCGUGAGAGAAUGGUCAUGUGAGGUUAAUAAAUUAUCCUCACUACGACAUCUAUGUUUGAGUGGAAAUGAUUUUGUCAGCCUGCAGCCUGACAUUAGGAAUCUACAUAAUCUGAACUGGCUUGACGUGAAGCAGUGCAAGAAGCUGAGAUCUGUUCCAAUGCUUCCACCAAGACUUCAAUACUUUGAUGCACAUGGCUGUGAUUCGCUAGAAAAAGUUGCAAAUCCUCUGGCCCUUUGGUGUCGUCUGAGCAGAUCCAUGCCACGUUCAAUUUUUCAAACUGCAACAAGUUGGAUCGAGACGCCAAGGAUAGUAUCAUAACCUAUACUCGGUGGAGAAGCCAGGUGAUGCUAGAUGAACUCACUCGUUGCAACGAGGGUCUUGUUUUAGAAGCUUUGAUUGGAACUUGCCUUCCUGGAUGGGAAAUACCGGCGUGGUUUAGUCACCGAGCCUUUGGAUCGGUGUUAAAGCCAAAGUUGCCUCCACACUGGAGUAACAACAGGUUAACAGGAAUAGCUUUAUGUGCUGUUGUCCUAUUUCCUAGCUUUAAUGAGCAGAGGAGCAGUCUCUUAGUAGUGAAAUGUAAUUGUGUGUUCAACAAUAAAGAUGGGUCGAGUAUCUGCUUUAGUAGUAUUAUUGGCAGUUGGAGGGAACCAAGUAAUACACUAGGGAAGAUUGAAUCGUCGCAUGUCUUUAUUGGCUAUACUAGUACGUUGGAUUAUAAGAUCUAUGAUGAGAAGGAAGAUGAAGAGGGAUGUCGUCAUACUGAGGCUUCGUUUGAAUUUCAAGUGACAGAUGGUACACAAUUGUUAGAAGGUUGCAAGGUACUGAAGUGUGGCUUCAGUUUAGUCUAUGCAACCGAUGAUAUGCAGGUUAAAUUUGGUGUACGUAGAUCAGCUGUUGAAGAAACUCAAUACAGAGCUCAUUCAAGAAACGAUGCGAUCUCAAAUGUAAGAAGGGACACCACAACCGCAGGAAUAUCACAGGGUGAAAGCAGUGAGCACAAGAUAGUUGAAUUGCCAAAUAAAAUAAUAGCGCCUAGAAUUCCCUCAAGUCCCCAACCACCUAUCACUACUCCUUUAUUCCCGCUUAAAUAUAGUACUGGAUCCAAGAAUUUAGAAGGAGAGAGACACGUUCAAACAUCCGAUAUGGACACCCGGUUGUCGGAGAAACCCCAACAACCCUACCCUAGUCGUAUUUCCAAGGUCGCAUCGUCUUCUCAAGCUGUACUUCAACGAAGCCGGUCUUACAUUUAUGUCAGUUUUCAUGAAGGUGAGCUGCGCAAGUCCUUUGUCAAUCUUCUUUUGCGUACUUUGAGAGAAAGGGGGUUCAUCGUCCUCACAAACAACUACAAGGGAAACGGGACAAGACAACUAGAACAGCUCUACAAGAGGAUAGGGGAGUCGAAAAUCGCGCUCGCCAUCUUCUCCAAGAGGUACGUGGAGUCAAAUACCUGCUUAAACGAGCUUGUGAUGAUGGACAAGCUCGCAAAAGAAGGUAAACUUUUGGUGAUUCCUGUCUUCUUCGAUGUGAGAUCAAGUGACGUGAAAAAUCUCGAAGGGGAAUUCGGAAGACAUUUCAAGAAGAUGAGCGAGACAUACAAGGACGAACCCGAGAAGGUCCAGAAGUGGAAGGUUUCCGUGACGUCCAUUACAAAGACAAUUGACAAACACUCGGAACUUUACGGGUAUUGCUAUCUUGAUAAUCCUUAUUGAUGAAUAUUGGGGUCUAGACCCACUUUUAAGUUUUACCACGUAAAAAAACUUAACUCAAAACAAACAAAAUUUCAACUUAUAUAUGAGAUUUUUAACCAGAACGACACUCCACUAGUUUUAACUUAACAGUACUGGUUUUUUUUUUGGUUACACUUAGCACUAAUAUUAUUCACACCAUGACUCUCUAUUUUAUGACCAAAAUGUUGCCAAUUUCCAACCUAAAUAACCCAAUUUUGAAAGUUGAGUAAUUUUUGUCACUUUAUUUUCGCUUCAUCUUUAGUGGAAUGUGGACUCAUUUGUUUCACUCUUUAAGAACAUUUAGCCAAUUUCUUCUUUGGGCCUGUUCGUUUCUCCAUUUGGAUGAUCCAUCGGAAUGGAAAUGAAAAAUGAUGUUCGCUUUUAAUAAUUUAACAGAUCAUUUGGAUGUAUCAGUUAGAUGAUUUUUUUUUAAACUCAUCCAAAAAAUAUGAAAAUUCUGGCUGAGUCUGAUUGAUGCAUUCAAAUGGAGAUGAUUCAGCCAAAAAUAUUAAAUGUCCAAAAUACCCUUGCCUAAUUUAGACAAUUACACUAUACCACCAUCUCUUUCCCCGACACCGUAGAACACAAAUCUAGGUUUUCUCACUCUUCGCCGGAUCUCUCACCGGAGUAAUCAGGUUUAUUUCGAUUCACUUCUCUUUCUCGCGCUUUCUCUCUCUAUCUCAAUGUGUCGAUUGCAAUAAGAAGACGAAUUAGUUUUUGGGUAUUGGUUACUUUGUUUGAGGAGGGUUUGAAGAGUAUGAACUGGACUCAGCCUUAGGUUUGAUUAUUGAUUUGAAAUACUAGUCCAGGUUGCUUUGAUUCUUUGUUUAGCUUUAGUUUACGGCUUUGUAUUGCUUAGUGUGUUGGAUCAAUAGAUCAUAUGACUAGAAUGUAGCUCAUGAAUAUAUUUUUUCAGAGGUUGUUUGGUAGCUGUGGACUGUGGAGAUUCAUGUUGCUGGUUUGUUUGUUUUGGUUUGGUUUUUAUUCAUCAAAGGAUUUGUGUUUUGUGUCUGGGUUUGUUUGAUAUACAUUUCAGUUUCCAGCGGCGGUGACGAUUUAAGAGGCGGGGGCGGAGAAUUUGUCUUCCAUAUUAAAACGUUUGUGAUCUUUGAAAUAUUAGAAAUCAUCAGUUUGCUAUUUUUUUUUUUUACUAUUGAAAGGUUAUCUUUUGGAGUUUCUAGUUUGGUGAGCUCUUGUAAAAAUCUUUUGGAGUUAUGUACGAUAUUGAU